AUGGGCAAGGGUUUGGCUGCGUCAGAGGGGCUGAGGGAGAUGGGUAGCCCUUCACCUCCAAAGCGCUUCUCCAGGCGAUGGGACUUGGUCUAUGAACUGUCUCGUGCCUCGUCCCCAGCGUGGAUUCUGCUGAAGAAGCUGGAUCAGGCCGUGUCCGCUGCUCACACCUUCUUCGUCGCCAAUCCCCAGCACCUCCAAAUGCGGGAGGACAUAGAGAAAUACCGGCGUAUGUCAGGGGUGAGGUCGGACAACUUUCGGGACCUGGAGGCCACCCCGCACUGGGAAGCAUAUGAGGCUGGGCUGCAGCACUACAAUGCAGAUGAGUACCUGCAGGCUGUGGCCAGGCUGGAGGAGUCACUCACAGAGGCGCUGUCUGCACUGGAAGAGUGUCGUGCCCUGUGUGAAGGGCCUUGGGAGGAUGAGGACGAGGAGGAGAUGCAACCUGGCCUGUAUGAAGCCAUUGCAGCCCAUUAUAUUCAGGUUUUGAAGUGCAGACAGCAGUGCGUCCUUGAAAUUGCCACAAAGCCAGGGCGGAUUUCUGCCACAGAAGAUUUCAUACCCUCUCAUCUUGAUUUACUGCAGUUUGCCUACGAUCAAGUUGGGAACCAGGUGCUGGCUGCUGAAUGUGCUGCUUCCUACUUGCUCUUCUAUCCCACGGAUGAGCCAAUGUUGGAGAAAAUGAAACGGUAUCGCACAGAAGUGGGAGAGGACACCGCUGUCACAGCCAGAGAGAGUAUUCAACAUUACGUGCGAAGAUCUUUGAUGGAGAAGGAGUUGAUUUAUUAUGCAGUGGAGCAUCUAGGAGGGACUUUUAACGACCCCGAUCUUUGGACUCCAGAUGAGCUGAUUCCUGAAAACUUAAAGGAGAAACAGAGAGAGGAUCAGGAGAAGCAAAAGCAGGAAACUCUGGAUGUGGAAGAGAGGGAGGAGAGGGGUCCUUUGCCUUUUGAGGGUAUUGCUGUCACGAUGGAUUCCCGUCAGAUGAAUGGAACCCAGAGGGUUGUGUUCGACAGAGUGCUGACAGAGUCUGAGUGUAAGGACCUUCUCCGGCUGACAAAGGCAGCAGGAGAAGCAGGAGAUGGCUACCGGGCAAGACGGUCACCUCACACCCCACAUGAGAGAUUUGAAGGGUUAACCAUUCUGAAAGCCAUGCAGCUGGUCCAGAAUGGGGACGUGGACUGGAGAGACGCCAAAUUGCUUCUGCAGGCCAGUGAGAAGUCACGGAAAAUCAUAGAGUCCUAUUUUACUCCUGGAAAGAAACUCCAUUUCUCAUUCACACACCUUGUGUGCCGCACGGCUGUAGACGAGGAACAGGAAGGUCGCAUGGAUCUUAGUCAUCCUGUCCAUGCUGAUAAUUGUCUCUUGGAUCCCGAGGGGCAGGAGUGCUGGAGGGAACCGCCUGCCUACGUGUACAGGGACUACAGCGGCAUUCUCUACCUCAAUGAUGACUUCCAAGGUGGGGGCCUUUUCUUCACUGAAAUGGAUGCUGUGACUGUCACAGCCGAGGUGCAUCCUAAGUGUGGGAGGCUGGUAGCCUUCAGCUCUGGCAAGGAGAACCCACACGGCGUGUGGGCAGUGAGCCAGGGGAGGCGCUGCGCCAUCGCUCUCUGGUACACACACUCCCAGGAGCAUGCCGAGCAGGAGCGGGUGAAGGCAGAGGAGCUGAUGGAGCAGAGGGCUGUGGAGCAGGACCAGCCUGAUGGAGAAGAACAUCAGGGGGCUGAUCACAGCGGCAGAUCCUCCUCAGAGCUUCCCGUUCCCAGCGGUGGAGCCAGGCCUGCAAGCCGGAGACACAAGCCUGGCUCAGACAGGAUGCAGCACCCCAAGGAGAUGCGGGCCAGAGAUGAGUUCUGAGUAUGCAGGAGUAUGAUUGGUACACACUGUGGCCUGGCAGGUCUUGGUAGCACCGGGACCACAGAGGCCUGGAGCAGUGUAUUAGCAUGCUAGAGCCGUAGUGAUGGGGAGGGAUACAGCUUUCUCUCUCUGCGACAUCCCAGCAGCUGAAAAAUGGGAGCAGGGACAGAGUAUCAAGGUCAGCAACACCAGGAACUUUCUUCACCGCCUCACCAA